UCGAUCGUAAAACCCUCCUCUCAGUCCUCUCAACAUUCAAGUUGCCCAAGCUCUGUCAAUCUUCCAAUUUUCUGAGGGUUGACUGCACAAUCUGCGUGCCAAUGGCUGGAGACGUGAACCGAAACGACUACAAUGUCAUCGCUUGUGCGCCGGGGGCGGCCGGUAGCGCAAGAGCGGAGCCGCAAUACGUCUCAGCAAAGAUCUCUGUGUGGUGGGACAUUGAUAACUGCCAAGUUCCCAAGGGCCGCGACCCUCACGCCAUUGCUCAGAAUAUUAGUUCCGCACUCGUGAAGAUGAACUAUUGCGGUCCCGUCUCCAUCUCCGCCUACGGCGACACAAGUCGGAUUCCAUCUUUCCUUCAGAAAGCACUUUCUAGCACCGGAAUUUCCCUCAACCACAUCCCAGCCGGUGUGAAAGAUGCCAGUGACAAGAAAAUUCUAGUUGAUAUGUUGUUAUGGGCAGUAGAUAACGCAGCUCCUGCAAAUUAUUUGCUGAUUUCUGGAGAUAGGGAUUUCUCAAAUGCUCUGCAUCAGUUGCGCCUGAGAAAAUACAACAUUCUUCUAGCACAACCACCAAAAGCAUCAGCUCCUCUAGUCGCAGCAGCAAAAUGUGUAUGGCUCUGGACGAGCCUUUUAGCUGGUGGGGCCCCACUAUCAAGUGGCGAAUCAUCAUGCCCUGCAAGUGGUAACCAUGUCUCUAAUUCUGAGAGGAUUCAAAGCCUAGUUGCUGAGCCAAAUCAAAUAAAUCGGCCACUGGUUCUCAGUUCCGAAAGCCUUGAUAUGGGCAGUCAAAAUACCUAUACUGCUAGAAGCAUUGGUCAUUUGAAACACAAAGUAAAACAUGUUUCGAAAAAUGACAAUCAGUCUAACCUAUCAAGCUCUUCAAGCUUACUUGUCACUGGUUCAGAAGGUAAGAACAAUGAUCAUCCUAGACAAGUGCAAUCACCAGUGAAGCUGUUCCGAAAAGCUCCGCAUGAAUUCUUCUUUAGUAGUGUGCCCGUAGUCCCAAACAGUAGGUCUACUCCUAACCUUCCAAGCAACCAAGAUUGCUUAGAAAAUAAAAUGGGCAACUCUAGUGAAAUUCCUCGGGAUCUCUAUCAUAGUUCUUUGCGGUCAACCAACCUUCAUAUACAGCCCAUGUCUGGACUGAGUUUUCCUCUUCCUGAUUCUCAUACUCGAAUUCAACCAGUUCCUCCCCAUUCAGAUGUAUCCAAAUUGUCUGCAAUCCCAAAUUCAUUUUAUGACAUACCUAAGGUACCUAAUUCUCCACAUCCUAGCAAUGUCAAAAGUACUCCUAUUUGUCAUCAGCGAACCAGAGAAGAUUCUAAUCCAAGUACUGCUCAAUCUCCUAAUCUACAUAGCUUCGAUGUACACCUUGCUGGUCAUGACCCAUCACGUGGCCAAGUAUUUCAUUAUGAGAACUUGAACCAGAGGCAUCCCCGUGGUUCUGAACGUUUGCUUUCUCCUUCCUUCACUGGAAUUGCCAAUACCAGUUCGAACAAUGUUAUCUUGGAAGUUCAGGGAUGUCCACCACCUUCUGAGUAUGAGCAAGGCCUCAUUGGGGUUGUUCUUCUAGCCUUAAAUACUCUGAAGGUUGAAAAGGUUAUGCCAACUGAAGCAAAUAUAACUGAUUGCAUUUCUUAUGGAGAUUCCAAAUAUCGAACUACUGAUGUCAAGAAGGCCUUAGAUUGUGCAGUCAAGCUAAAUGUGGUAAUAAAACGAAGACUGGGUGCUUUGCACUUUUAUGUUACUAGAAACGAGAAACUUUGGAAUUGUAUAAACCUUAAAGGUGAAAAUGUUAGUCAGUACCCAAAAACAACAUGGGAUCGAAUACAAGAUUUCCUUGCUUCAUCAUCUGGGCGCUCAGCAAUUUUGUCUUCCCAGUGCAGAUAUGAAGCAUCUUUAAUUCUAAGGAAAGAAUGCCUUAAGGAGCUUAUGUUAGGAGAGGUACUUCAGAUCUUGAAUAUGAUAAUCACGGUCAAGAAAUGGAUAAUAAUUCCUCAGUCUGGAUGGCAGCCGAUUACUAUUAUGCUUAAAGAGAGUGGAGGGUGAUACAGAAAGCGUUCCGAGUUAAAGUAUUUUGUGUGACCAGCAGAAUUUGGCUUUAUGACAAAUCACAACGUAAAACCAUAUUAAUGGUCUAUUGGAUCUUAUGGUGGGGAAUGGGAUAUUUCCGCAAAAAUAAUGUUAGAGGGAUUUGUAGAAUGAUGUUAGGCUUUAAACUCUCUGCACAUGUCCAUCUACUCGCUGGAGAACCUUAAUCUUAGCUCCAGAAGAAAGUUGUAGGAGCCUCUGCUGGCACAAGUUUUUGAUUGCUCUACAUAUGGUAUUGCCUGGAGAAAAUAUGUUCCCUGAA